AAUUAUACCUGUAACUGAUAAAGAAGUACUUGAAGAUAAUUACGGAAUUGAAACUCCUAAUGCCAUCAGUUCCACAAACGUGUACAUGUUGAUAUAUAUCCGUGAAUCCGAUAUCGAUUUUGUGCUAUCUCCUAUACUUGAUGAAGAUAUACCGAAACAUCUGCGUGAAAAACGCUUUGAUGAAGAGAAAGCUUUAUAUGAACGGGAAAAGAAAGAAACCGAUGAACCAUACUUAUAUCUAUCUAUUAAGAUUGUGACUCCAGCUAUCUUUGAGCGCUAUCAAGGAUUCGAUCUUGUAAACUUCAAGGAGCGACAAUAUCCGCUAUCUGAGCUUCCACAGUUUAAGGUUUUGAAAAGUGAGACAUAUGAGGCUUUCAAAGCUAUGAUCUCCCAAAAAUUUGAGAUUCCAGUUGAGCAAAUAAGACUCUGGAUUUUUGUAAAACGCCAAAAUAGGACUAUUAGGCCAGAUACUCCAAUAUCAGACGAUUUUCUUGACGAAACAAUCGAAAUAAUUCGCAAAAAAACGGUACGAAGAUACAAUGAAUUGAAAUUAUAUUUGGAAGUGGCAAAACCAAUUAAUGGCAAAGUAAUAUUGUUCCCACCGACAGAAUGUAACUCCAAUGUAUUGGUUUUUAUCAAGUAUUUUAGCCCCGAUACGCAAUCUAUAGUAGGACUUUGUCAUUUAUAUGUUCAACCGCUUGGUAAGGUUGGCGAUAUUAUUCCAAUUCUUUGCGAGAAAAAGAAUUUUCCGCCACAUACACCUUUAAAAAUAUACGAAAUACAAAAUGGUGAUAUAAUUUGUUUCCAAAAAGCUUUAACAGAGAAAGAAAUUCAAGAACACACUGUUGUGGGUCGUAUUCAUGAUAUUCCUACAUUCUAUGAGUCAUUAUCUAUGCGUAUCAUCAUUCUAUUUAAACCGAAAUAUAUAAAUCGAGAACAAAAACCUGAAUUCAUGAUGGUUGCUAAUCGCGUUGCUAUUUUUUUAAACACGGAUCCUUUGAAAUUACGAUUUUCAACGGCACAUCAAACAUCCAAUGCACACAAAACUGUAAUUAAAAGGACGACCACACAAACACUUUCAGAGAUGCUUCAAACAACCAAUCCAACUGGAUCAGUACUUUUAUAUUAUGAAAUGCUUGACAUUAGUAUUGUAGAAUUAGAAACUAAAAAAUUCUUUAAAGUAUACUGGCUUGGAACAACUGUCAAGGAAGAGGAUGUGAUUGACAUUUGUCUUCCAAAAACCGCUAUAGUCAAUCAAAUUUUUCAAAUAAUUAUAAACAAAUUAGCAUUAAAACAUACUAGUAGGAUUAGAUUAUAUGAUGUUUUACGUCAUAAACUUCAAAAAGAAUAUGAUAUUAGCGAUCCAAUAGAUGAAAUAGAGGAAAAUAUGACAUUAUACGCGGAGGAAAUACCACAAGAUGAAAUCAAACUAGGCACUAAAGAUAAAGUUAUUCGAGUAUUUCAUUUUGCAAAGGAACCAUUAUGCGCGCAUGGAAUUCCAUUCAAAUUUGUUAUCAAAGCUGGUGAGCCCUUCUCUAUGACAAAGUUACGUCUUAAAUUACGCUUAGGAAUGAAUGAAAAAGAUUUCUCGAAAGUGAAAGUUGCGGUCAUGCAAGAUCUAUCAUAUGCUAAACCUCAGUAUAUAGAUGAUAAUGUUAUUCUGUCAGAUUAUGAAUUGACAGAUGAGCUUCUAUCUCUUGAUCAUUUUGCGUCUCAAAAACUUGAGAUCGCUGUAUAA